CUUUCUCUUCAAAUUUUCAAGAUCCAAUUUUUCUUUUCAUCUGUUUUUUGAACCCUUUUACCAAAAUAAUUGGAAGCAGAGAAAGAGAAAUGGAUCCGGAUUCAGUUAAAUCAACGUUGUCUAAUUUAGCAUUCGGGAAUGUUAUGGCAGCAGCUGCUCGUGAUUAUCAAAAGGAGCUGCUUGCCCAAGAGAAGGCACAAUCAUCAGCUUCGGCCAACGAUGAGGUUGACCUGGAUGAGCUGAUGGAUGAUCCUGAGCUGGAAAAAUUGCAUGCAGAUAGGAUUGCUGCUCUCAAGAAAGAAGCUGAGAAGCGAGAAGCGAUGAAGAGGCAAGGGCAUGGAGAGUACAGGGAGAUUACUGAAGGAGAUUUCUUGGGUGAAGUCACCGGAAGUGAGAAAGUGAUUUGCCACUUCUACCAUAAGGAAUUCUAUCGAUGCAAGAUAAUAGAUAAGCAUUUAAAAGCCCUUGCACCAAAGCAUCUGGAUACAAAGUUCAUCAAGCUGGAUGCUGAGAAUGCUCCUUUCUUUGUUACCAAACUUGCAGUCAAAACUUUGCCUUGUGUUAUAAUUUUCAGAAAAGGGGUUGCUGUAGAUAGGUUAGUUGGGUUUCAAGAUCUUGGGGGGAAAGAUGAUUUUGCUACAAGGACACUUGAGGUUUUUCUGAUAAAGAAAGGUAUAAUUAGUGAGAAGAAAAAAGAUGAUGAGGAUGACGUUUAUGACGAGAGUAGGCGCAGAUCAGUGAGAUCUUCUGUGAAUCAUAAUUCUGAUUCCGACUGAAAAAGAAAAGGAAAACGAAAGAAAUUUACUGUCUUCUAUCAGGUUCCUUAUCUCAAGAAGUGCAGUUUGAAUUCUCAAAUCAAUAGCAACAUGUUCAUAACGGAUGCUAAGAACUAUUAUUUACGGGCGCCGGCCUUCAUUGCGUGAUUCUAUGAGUUUGAAGUUUUAAUUGUAUCGAAAAGAGAGGAAGUUUGACUGGCAGACUAUUCUCUAUGUGACAUUUUUUAGUUAUGAUUUAUUGCCGUAAAGGUCAUCGAUGUAUGGCUGUACUAUUUGCCUGGUUAUGUAUCAAGUCAUACAUCUUUGUUGACGUUCAAUUGCUGUAGUAAUUUGCCGCAAGUUUUUAGCAUUUCAUACUUAUGAAUGAUUU